GUGUGUUUAAGCCAAACGGGUCUCGCAUCCACCUGCUUGCGCGCGCGCGCCCUUCCCUCGCGCCCAACUUUCCACACCGUCGCCGCGAGUGGAUCAUCUUCACUCCGCGAGGACUUUUUCUGUCUUUCUCUGGGUUUGCUUGUGGAUUCCUCUCAGAAACGUUACCGAACGACAGUGACUCUCCCCGUGGACACUAACCGUGUUGAACGAGCCUCUCUGUUUUGUCGGCGGUGAUUUCUCUCUCUUUCCCCCCUCCCUCCCUCUCUCUCUCCCUCUCUCUCUCUUCUUGACACAAGUGUGAAGCGAGCGCGCACGCGGCAGGUACGGACCGCCCCACCCCUCAAAGAAAAAAAAAGAAAAGCCUGUAAAAGCCGCGCGGGGGUUUCUGUCAUUAUUAUUUGUCUGAACUUAGAAACGGAGUGCCUCCUUCUUCUGUUGGAAUUCUAUGUUUGGAUCCGAAUUUAUUCUCGAAAAACAGAGUUAAAGAAGGAAAAACAAUUCUUGGUAUAACUGGAGGUUGGUUCCACCAUGAAGCUGGAGGCUCUGAGGACGAUCCAUGUCCUCCUGGUACUGUCUGGUUUGGCUCUUGGGAAUCAAUUGAGCAAUGAUGGUCUGGCUGCACCCAGAGUCUUUAUUUCCUUCAAAGAGCUGAGAUCAACGGGAACCGCCCAUCAGUUUGCCUACCUGAUCAAUACAUCCGACUUCCGGAUCCUUCGUAUGGAUGAGGACCACGAUCACAUGUAUGUUGGCAGCAAGGACCACAUCCUGUCCCUGGACCUUCAUGAUGUCAACAGGAACCCACGUAUUAUCCACUGGCCAGUGUCUGAACGAAGGAUGAUGGAAUGUCUCGUGAGUGGAAAAGAUGCCUUUGACGAGUGUGCAAACUUCAUUCGUCUCAUUGAACCGUGGAAUCGAACCCAUCUGUACGUCUGUGGGACAGGCGCUUAUAAUCCAGUGUGCACUUUUGUCAACCGUGGACGCAAAACCCAGACAUCCAUGUAUCUGCAGAUGGCUCAGGCCAGAGGAAGGGCUAGCCGUGCAGCUGAACCCAGUGCUGUGCACGAGACUCUUGGACUGAAGGAAGAAAUCUUCCAUUUGGAGCCAGGCACAGUGGAAUCUGGGAAGGGAAAGUGCUCAUACGACCCGAAGCUCAACAGUGUGUCAGCUUUAAUCAACGGUGAACUGUAUGCCGGGGUCUACGUUGACUUCAUGGGAACGGAUUCCGCCAUCUUCCGUACUUUGGGGACAAAGACCGCCAUGCGAACGGAUCAGUACAACUCCAGAUGGUUGAAUGACCCCACGUUCAUCCACGUUCACCUCAUUCCAGAUAGCGCAGAGAAAAACGAUGACAAGCUUUAUUUUUUCUUCCGAGAGAAGUCCUCGGAGAUGGGCCAGAGCCCCGUGACUCAGUCCCGCAUAGGACGCAUCUGUCUGAACGACGAUGGAGGUCACUGUUGUCUGGUCAACAAGUGGAGCACCUUCCUGAAGGCCCGGCUCAUCUGCUCGGUACCCGGAGCCGACGGCAUGGAAACGCACUUUGAUGAGCUCCGUGAUGUUUACAUCCAGCCCACGCAGGACACUAAAAACCCAGUCAUAUACGGCGUCUUUUCUGUCUCUGGGUCUGUGUUCAAGGGAUCAGCAGUCUGCGUGUAUUCUAUGGCUGACAUCCGCAUGGUCUUCAAUGGACCCUUCGCUCACAAAGAGGGGCCCAGUUACCAGUGGGUGUCCUAUACUGGGAAGAUUCCUUACCCCCGACCCGGCACAUGCCCUGGAGGUACGUUCACCCCCAACAUGAAGUCCACUAAGGAUUAUCCAGAUGAAGUCAUUAACUUCAUGAGGAAUCAUCCCGCCAUGAACAAUGCUGUGUACCCAGUACACAAGCGCCCCCUGGUGGUCCGCACCAAAGUGGACUAUGAGUUCACCACCAUUGCAGUGGACCAGGUGACGGCUGCAGAUGGCAACUAUGAGGUGCUCUUCUUAGGAACCGACAAGGGAACAGUUCAGAAAUUGAUUGUGCUGCCCAAAGAUGACCUGCAGACGGAGGAACUGGUUCUGGAGGAAGUGGAGGUUUUUAAGGUCCCCACUCCAAUAACAACAAUGAAGAUCUCCUCCAAAAGGCAACAGUUGUAUGUGUCUUCUGCCGUGGGGCUGACCCAGCUGGCUCUUCAUCGCUGCGACAUGUACGGUGAAGCCUGCGCCGACUGCUGUCUGGCUCGAGAUCCUUACUGCGCCUGGGAUGGAAAGUCCUGUUCGCGGUACUCCACUUCUCAAAAGAGGCACUACUGGUCUGACCCUUUUAGACGGAGCCGGCGGCAAGACGUCAAGUACGGGAACCCAAUUCGCCAGUGCAGAGGCUUCAACUCCAACGCCAAUAAGAACACUCUGGAGAUGGUCCAGUAUGGGGUAGAGGGAAGCAGCACCUUCCUGGAAUGUCAGGCUCGCUCCCCGCAUGCUGUCAUCAAAUGGCAUCUUCACAGAGACAACAGCGACCGCAGGAAAGAGAUGUGCUCUGAUGGUCGGAUUCUGAAGACGGACCAGGGGCUCCUCCUGCGCUCUCUGCAUCUCUCGGACUCCGGCUUGUACCAAUGCACAGCCACAGAGAAGAACUUUAAACACACGCUGGUCAAGCUGCAGCUGGUGGUGCUGUCGAGUCGGGCCAUCAACAACGCGCUGGUAGAUGGCGGCGGGGGGCUGGCGUCUCUGCACGCCAAUGCAGGCCAGUACAAGGACUUGCUGACCAUUUUGAGCCAGCCAGAGAUGAGUCUGAUCAAUCAGUACUGUCAGGACUACUGGCAGUUUGGAGACCCUCUGCUGGGCGCCCUCAAGCCCAAAGACCUGAGGGAGCUGAAGGAGCAGAAGAAGCCUCGCAAUCGCCGGCAUCACCAGAGCGGCAGGGAGGGAAAGGAGCACCAGGAAGCAGAGACAUGAAGGGACUACUUUGUCAGAAGCACCUUCAAACAAAACCUUCCCCCCACCUUCACCCCGUGGGAAACAGAAGAGACUCAAUAAGUGUAGCAACAUCAAAAAUAUAUCGAAAAAAAUCCACAAAAGGGAAACAGAGAGGAGACUUACAAAGAAAACCCACAUGCAUCCCCUCCAACAGUAAGAUAUAUGAUACACAGUAUUUAUUGUAGGUUGUAUAUAGUAUUAUUCUGUGGAUAUCUUUGUAUUUUUGUGUAUAGGUACCUUUUGGGGCAAAUAUUGUUGUUCAAUUUGUUGCUGCUGUUGCAAAAGUCAGCAUUGUGUAAACCUGAGAGCUGUCAGGAGCCUUUAGGAGCUGCAAGACGAUUCUUUUAGGAGGGAAACUGGCUUUUUUAAGUGGAGAGGGGUAGCUUUGUUUUUCAUUACUGGACAUUACUGCAGUGGUGUAGCUUCUUUUCAGAAUAAAAAACAGCAACAUAAAACAUCAGCAACCAGAAACAGUGAGGUUAUCUGAAAGGGACGAAUGGCAAUUUUUAAUGAUCUGAAGCUUCUUUUAACCAAGAUAUUAAGCUCAGCAGAACUUUACUCACUUAUGUUAGGUUGUGCUUUUCUUUUUAAGGGUUGUUAAAUGAAGCAGGGACUCCUGGGUGAGGUACCGUUGACCUCUUUGAAAAAUAAAAAGCAGCAUACAGUUUCUUUCUUUGUCUUGGAAUCCGAUGUCCAUGUUUAAAACAGAACGAUGUAACAAUCCUGUGAAACUAACCCCAAAUAUUGACUAUCGGGAAGCUGGCUUUCAUUGUGUGCAUGAAUCUGUGUUCGUUCUGUAAUUGUGAUGAGAUUGUCGUUAUUUUUUUUAUUUUUGUGGGUGUUCUGUGCGAUUACACAGGCUUUGGAAAAGGGAUCAAACCGAUGCUUUACGGAGGUUUUCAGUUCAAAUCUAAACUAUCACAUGAAGUUUGGUGGGUCACAAAAGACAAGUUUUUUAUUCUGCCUAUUUAUAAAAUAUUAUUACAGUAGAUUUGUUUAACUUUUAUCCAGAACUUGCCUGAAAGAAUUUCUCAAAUACUUCAUAAAAAAGGUUGUAAAAACUCAUUUAGUUUUUUUUUUUGUUGUUUUACAUCGUCGGACUUUAUAAAAAAAAAUACGGAAAAAACAAAGUGCACAGAGGUAAUGUUAUUGUUUGUGUAAAUUACUCUAUCUUCCAUUUCCAUUGUUGUUUAUGACUAAUAAAUUAAAGCUCUAUAUUUUCUAAGAAUGGAAUGCUCCCCCCCUUUCAUUGUCAACCGCUUGUUGCUGGAUGUUUUUCCGUGUUCUGCUUAGAAACCCGUGGAUCCGUGGAAUAAAGUUGUGCUUGUUGAACAGA